AUGGCUGCAAGAAAUCUGAGUGUGGAGACAAUCUUUAUCCUUUUGAGUUUCACAGAUUACCCCGCACUGCAGAUUCCUCUCUUCCUUGUGUUUCCUUCUGUGUAUACAAUCACAGUGGUAGGAAAUCUCAGAAUGAUAGUAACCAUCAAGAUGAACCCCAAAUUUCACACCCCCAUGUACUUUUUCCCUAGUCACCUUUCUUUUGUUGAUUUUUGUUACUCUUCCAUCAUUACUCCCAAGCUGCUUGAGAACUUGGUCAUGGCCGAUAAAAGCAUCUUCUACUCCAGCUGCAUGCUGCAAUACUUCCUGUCCUGUACUGCUGUGGUGACUGAGUCCUUCUUGCUGGUAGUGAUUGCCUAUGACUGCUUUGUGGCCAUCUAUAAUCCUCUGCUUUAUACAGUGGCCAUGUCACAGAGGCUCUGUGCCCUGCUCAUGGCUGGGUCAUAUCUCUGGAGUUGGAGUAUGCUUGGCCCCUUGGUACUCCUUUGCUAUGCUCUACAACUAAACUUUUUUGUAUGUAAUGUAAUUAAUCACUUUUUCUGCGAAUAUACCACUCUCAUUGCUGUCUCGAGCUCUGAUAUACAUAUUCCCCUCCUGCUGCUCUUUGGUUUUGUCACCUUAAAUGAAGUGAGUACACUACUGAUCAUCCUUGCUUCACACAUUUUUAUUUGUGUGACUGCACUAAACAUCUGUUAUGCCAGGGGGCGUCACAAAGCCUUCUCCACCUGUGUCUCCCACCUGACCACCAUCAACAUCUUCCAUGGGACUAUCCUUUCUCUCUACUGUGUGCCCAACUCUAAAAACUCUCGGCAAACCGCCAAAGUGGCCUCUGUCUUUUACACAGUAGUCCAUCCCAUGCUGAACCCUCUGAUCUACAGCCUGAGAAAUAAAGAUGUAAAGGAUGCCUUCUGGAAAUUCGUAGACACAAAAGUCCCAUCUCAUUGA